CACAAUUUCAUUUUUUUAUGGGAGACAAUUGCUUACGCUCCGAUAGGGUUUUGUUAAACCCUGGAAUACUACGAGAAGUUUUUAGUUGUUAGAUCGUCUGCGAGGCAUUUCAAUCCAAAUAACUCUGCUUGUCAUUUCAAUCCAGGCAUGAAGACGACGGAGAAAAGAAUCCACAAAUUCAUACAACUCCUCGCGGAUCAGCUGCACAAACAAUUUUCGCUUUCAGACGAAGAGAAUGUCCUUCUAUCUUCCUCACCAGCAGUAAAAAACUCGCUAGUUUCUUCGAUUCAAGGCCUACCCGAAUCCUCCCUAAAAAACAUUCUUCUUCAAAAUGAAGACCAUCUUCUCGAACUUCUAUGUCACGCUCUUCAGGAGCGAAAAGCACCGAAAAAAUUCAUAUUACGGUCCAGAAAGGAGCGCAUAAAUGCAAUCAGAAAUGAGGUGGAUGCAUUUCUCAGAAACUUCGGCGACGGAACACUAGAUGCCUCUAAAAAUUACCGUCAAAGCUUUUCACAAAUGUUGCUGGAGGAAGCUGAAGAUCCGCCUCUGGAGCUUCUAUGGUGUCUUUCCGCCGUCAAGUUCAUGCAGGAAAACUGCCAAACAAAGGAUGACGAUGCUCAUUCUGGGUUUUUGGCGUCUGACAAUGCGAAUUCUAGGGCGUUGGUAGCUGACAGAGCCAAUUCUAGGGUUUCUGUUGCGAAAGCUUUGUUUCAGUGCUUGGCAGCUUGUACUGUGGGACACCAGUACAGUGCUUCGAUUUCAAUAGCUGCACUUGCUCCCACGAUUGUCGUAUUGGUAGAUGCUGUUACUAAAUUGGCGAUAAAUCCUACCUCGAAAACUUUGAGCAAGGCUUACCUGAAAUCUUUGAAGAAUUUUGUCGGGCAAAUAGCUGGUCACAUAGCCGUUUGUGGAAACAAGGGUAAAAAAUCCAGUGUUGAACUAAGUUUGGCGAGGGCUUUGCCGUGCUGUGGCGCUUUGUUUAACUGCAUUGAUUUUUGGGAUCGUGAUAAGGGUUUAAAGUGUUCCAUUGAGAAGGAUUUGGGGGAGUUUUUUCCUUUUAGUUCGGCUUGUGUGCAUGCAGCCUUGUUAGAAAAAAACUGCAGUGUGGAUUAUUUGGCCACUGUGGUUAUUUUGGAGGUAAGUCUGUUGCAGCUUGUUUUAGAGGUCUUUGAUCGGCGUAGGAUGAUGAAUGAAGGUAGCCGCUGCACAGGCAGAGAUGUAGAAUUGCGGCAGAAUUUGAGGAUUUUGGCUGUAAAUUCCAUUGGCACAGCGAAUAAUAUUAGAUUUUUUGAUAUUCUUCUGGAGUUGCUUUUGGAGUCAAAACUACCUGUUGUCUCCUUGCUGACUCAGGAAGAGGAAGUUUUGUUGAGAGGUGUGCUUUAUGAGGCAACUACUCUUGUUGACUAUGCAUUUUUGAAACAAAACAGGGAACCUAUAUCAAAUGAAGCAAAAUCUGUUGUAGAUGAAAACAACAGAAUGCUCUUGAAUAGGCUGGUUUUAGCCCAAAAAACUGUUCAAUUUUUCAGGUCGCUGGGGGAGCACAGUAGGGCUGUUUUAUUUUCAAAGACCUUCUCAAAUGUUCCUAUAACACCUGAUCUGAUGAAAUGGAUGGGUCAGAGGAGCAAUUUGAAAUACCAUGAAGCAUUAACUCAGAAUCCCCAGGAUCUUGUUGGAUAUCUUGUUAAUUUGGAAGAUCAACAGGGGUUAAAGCAGAUUGUGAAUAAGCAUCCUGCGUUUUACACAAACACAUUGCCUGCUGAGAACAUAGACACAAAUCUUGGCUCGAAUGCAACAACUACUGACUUGCCUUCUAACCUGAAAAAUUCCGAGGUAGAAGAUGAUCUCUUUUUUGUAGACACUAAAGGUGACACUGGUGGAGGGAAAAGAGAGAAUGAAUUUGAAUCUGUAGGUAAGUCUUUUGUACUAGCUGCUCAUGGUAUGGAGAGCAUAGAAAAUGAUGGAAAGAAAAAGAAAAAGAGACAGAGAAAGGGCAAGAGAAAACAAAAAAUCAACUUUCAAAGACAUGUACAGCAUGAUGUGUCCACAAAAGAAAACUGGCCACAGGAAUUGGGCUCUGAUUUGAGCAUGAGUGAAGACAGCGACUUGGAGUCUUCAGGCUUAAUCAGCCAAAAAAAAUCAAGGAUCAAGACACAAGCCUUAGAUGAAGAGUAAUGGGUACUUCUGAUUGUAAAACUUUUGAGCAUCGAAGUUACCACAAGGUUCACCAUUCAGCACGAGGGGCACCAUCAAGUUUUCUGGAAGAACUGAUCAAAGCAUGAGGGUUAUGCUAGAAUGUGACAUUCUCCAGAGAUGCAUGAUGAAAUAUCUUCAUUUGGAGUUUUACUCAAACUGGAUUUUCAUGCCUUGUUGCAUGUGGGCUGCCGGAGAUGCUAAAUCAAACAGGUUAGAAAGACCUGAGAAAAAUAUUUAUCUUAGCUUUGAUGAUAAGUAAACUUUUUAAAUUGUGUUGCUCUGGCACCUUUGCUACAACUUUAUUACUUGUAAUAUAUCUGCCUCCGAAUCUCUUAAGUAGUGGCAUUAUCUGCUUCAUCUUCA